AUGCUUUUCAGCGUGGCAAUCGCAGUCCUCUCCGGUCAUGCCCUGGCCGUACCGUACUCGCCCCAGCGGCUUCAACAACGACAAGGCAACGACUGCCCGCCCAUACACAUCUUUGGCGCGCGUGAGACGACAGCCCCGCCGGGCUUCGGGGCAGCAGCCGGGAUCGUGGAAGACCUUACGAAAGCAAACCAGGGUGCCACGAACGAGGCCAUCGACUACCCUGCUUGCGGGGGCGCGUCGGACUGCCUGGGCAUCAGCUAUGCCGACUCGGUGAAGAACGGGACCACGGCCGUUGCCAAGGCCGUGAACGACUUCAACAAGAAGUGCCCGCAGACGAAGAUUGUCAUGCUGGGGUUCUCACAGGGCGCCCAAAUCAUAGACAACGCGUACUGCGGCGGCGGAGACACGAUCGAGGGCGUCAAGGACGUCAACGUGCUCAUCUCCACCGAGGCCUUGGGGGCCGUCAAAGUGGCCAUCUUCAUGGGCGACCCUCGAUACAUUGCCGGACUCCCCUACGAGGUCGGAACGUGCAAGACACAGGGGUUUGCACCACGGCCCAAAGGGUUUCAGUGUCCCAACGGCGACAAGAUCAAGUCGUUCUGCGACUCUGCUGAUCCCUUCUGCUGCAACGGCAACGACCCGGUUGCUCACCUGCAAUACCCGAGCAUCUACGGCGACCAGAUCAAGCAGUUUGUCAGCGACAAGCUGAAAUAG